AUGGAGAUUCAAUUCUCCCUCCCUCUACACCCUGCCAGGAGAGGCGCACCUGCUGAGUCAUCUGCCUCCCCAAAAGCCGCCGCUGCGCACGGAUGCAUACAUAAAUUUGCGCUGGAAUCGAGGACACGACAUACACGGCGGAGCUCCACGCGUGCGCGCACGGGAUGUGCUACCUGCAAGAAGCGCCAUGUCAAAUGUGACGAAACAAAGCCAGCGUGUCUCAAAUGCCUUAAAUGGCGCGGUUACUGCGACGCCUACGAGGAACCUUCCUUCCCUAACCCAUCAUCAGUCUCAUCCUCUUUCAGCUCCUCGUCAAAAGUCCCUCGGUCUGGUACUAGAAGCAAAAAUUCCCACCUCGUCCAUGCCAAGAAUGUUCCUCAAAUCUUCACAGAACCAGACAUUGUUACCGUUCGGUUUGUCAGCAGUGAGCAAAAGGCUUACUUUGACGAGUGGACAGGAUUAUCCAUGAAUUUCUUGAGUGGGAGCCUUGACCAAUCUCGCCUAUGGACUGUGACUAUGCCGCAAGUGACCAUGCAGGAAACGACGCUUCGGUUUGGCGCCAUGGCAGUGGGAGCUCUGUGGAAGGCGUACGAAACCGGAUCUUCCCCAACAGCAGUUACAAACGAAAACAAGCAUUACCUCAAUGCCGUCAUUUUCUAUUGUGAGGCGCUGCGACUGCAAUCGAAGGCGAGACCGAAUAGAGAUGGGCUUCGGACGGCCUUGCUCUCGUCGCUCUUGUUCAUCUGUUUCGAAAUUCAAAGGGGGAAUAUUCCCGCUGCACUGAAACAUGUUUUCCACGGGUUCAGUAUGCUGAACGAAUUGGCAGCAUCUACGGACCUAGCACCGCGAUUAGUGAGCAUUGCCCAGGCACCACCAUCUUUGGUCCAGGAUAUCCUGGAGUGUUAUAAGCCUCUGGAGCUGCAGUCCAGAUCCUUCAUGGGCUCGUACAAGAAGUUUUUCUUCCCGCCGACGCCCGCGAAGCUUGCAGGGGAUGUAAGGCCUGGAUCCCAUUCUGAAUUAGCGACGAAUCCAACCAAGCCUCCACGCCAUCCCGCCAUGACGCCCAGCUCAAGUUCGCAAACCACUCCUGCGUCCAGCUCAGACGCAUUAAUGGUCCCUGAACCGGCCCAAAUACCACCUAGUCAACCGGCCGCCCCGUGGCAACGCCCAUCACCUCCAUCGCAAGCAGCGGCAUCAUCGGCUCACUCAGACAUGCCCAGCCCACAAAGCCAGAGCAGCAGCCAUGGCACUCCUCCGCAACAACCAUCCCGUCCAAGUCCCCGCCCAUUCGCUGGCAUAGCUCCCUUCACCAAGCACUCUCCUUAUUUCAGACCACGCCGAUCCAACGUCAGCACCUUGGAUGAUCUACCACUAGUGUUCCAGGAUCUCGAACAAGCCCAGGGAUAUUGGAGCCUGGUGCAGAAAGCCAUGGUUUCCCACAUACCCAUGCUCACCAUGAUCUCAUCGAAACUGGGCUUGACGCGAGUGACAUCCGAGGCCGAACUCGACAUGAAGCUCAGCAGCGUGAAGGAAAACCCGCAAAUAGGGAGGUUCGUUGCCGAAGCUCGAUAUUGGCUCUCGCGAUGGGUCGACGCCUUAGAACCAGUCUAUCAAGUGAUAUGCCGCAACUCGGCCAACGAUCCGCAAACCUACCUCCACGCCCUGAACCUCCGCGUCGAAUACCUUGUGCUGUACAUAUACACUACGUUGCCGCGGUUUUCCGGCCUCGUCACUGCCAAGGAACUCACGCCCCACUACCGCGAAAUCAACCGUCUUACCGAAACACUUCUCCAAGCACGACGAAACUGCGGGUUCGCAAUGGACUCGGGGUGGACAUGGCCCCUUUUCAUCUCGUCGUUUGGAUGUCGGGACCGCGCUGUCCGUGAGGACGCCAUCCGCAUACUGGGCCAAUACCCGAUCCGCAAUGCUCUCCGCGACAGUCGGGUAUUUCGCGCUAUUGCUAUUCGUAACCAGCAAGUAGAGGAGCAAGUCAUGGCCGAGGGAACAGAACAGGAGCAAUGGCUUAGAUUGCGCCGCCGAGAAUUAGUGUUUGAAGAUUUCGGAACAUCUGUCAUAUACCGAUCUGCGCAGAAGAGCCACGGCGCUGGCAAGUGGGAGCUGGUGGAGGAGGUUGCCGAAUUUACGAUUUCGCAGGACGGGGCCUUGGAAUGGCAUCGGCAGCCGAUCACCUUAUCGGCCUCUAUACUAUCCGGCGUGUGCUAG